AUGGAAACGAAUCACAGACAAUCUGCCACAACUGGGCCCUUGGUAGAUUUCAGAACUCGCAUGAUAAAGGGCCAUCAAUUGGACAUCCAACAGCAUCAAGAACAUCUUAGAGACUACACAAUGCGGCAUAAAGACGACUGCAAUGCUCGACUUUCUGUUACUGACUCCAAGAAACGAAGAGUAGUCAUGGCCGGAAAUCCAGAAGACGAAGAGAUACUAGAGGAAGUUCAGGAAAUUCGAGAAGAAGUUAUGGAAAGGAGACGCCAGGAAUUGGUAGAAAAUUUUGAUACGGAACCGUUUGAUCCAUCUGUGGAUGAGCUUCUUGAUAGUCAGGUUAGGCACUAUGGGGCGCUCCAGCAACUUGGAUUGGUACCAUUUCAGUUUAAGGUAAAAGCUGGCCAGCAAGAGAGUGAGCAGAGGCACAAUAGCGGAGAAUCGGAUUUUGCGCCAACGUAUGGAGAGUUCUGCCCAGAUUCACCUGUUCCACGACUCUCAGACCAAAACAAGAAGUUCAGAUCAUCCCGUGGCGAAAAUAAUACGGGUACCAAUGGAAAUAGUGGGUCUGGUGUCACGAAGAAACGGCCGAUUAUCAAUGAGGAGGAUAUACUGAAAUUGAUCUUCAAGGAUAUUGAAGAUUGUUCCUAA